UCAACUUGUGUUUAUAUAUUUUGCACAUGGCAAGCCGCGCUUUUAGUUACCUUUUAAACCAACGGUCAUCUUGUUCUUGUGUUAAACCAGUCUUGGAUACUACACCGUGACCAAAGAGUUACAGAAAAAAAUGGGUUCCCUUCCCCAACUGUCAAUCUUAAAGGGACCAACCCGGCCUUUGGUGGCCACCCAAGUGGGCCGAAUUUUCGAAAAAGUUGCAGCCGGUCCUGCAGCCAGCAACAUUGCCCUCAUCUUCGAAGAAAAUGGACAAAUCCGGCAAUUAUCAUACGCACAAGUCGACCAAGUCACCAACAAAUUCGCUCGAGUUAUAUGCGAAACAAUCAAAACGAAAAACCUGAAACCGAAUUCGGAUGGCGAUCAUAUAAUCGCCGUCAAUAUGCACCCUUCUGAUCACUUAAUCCUGGUUUUGUUAUCAAUUUGGAAAUCCGGCUGUGCGUAUUUACCUCUGGACCAUUCUUUCCCGGCCUCAAGAAUUGACCACAUAAUCCAGGAAUCUAAACCUGUCAUGGUUAUUUAUGACGAAGAUAGCAAAAAUUUCCCGACAAAGCUGUCCUAUCAGGAAUUGUUAACUGCAAGUGACGGAAAGAGUGAUAAGAGACUCGAGGAUAAAGAGAAAAUUUAUCAAAAAGACGACCUGGCCAUAGUUUUGUACACGUCAGGGAGCACGGGAAUUCCCAAAGGAGUGAGAAUCCCGCAUAAAAUUAUCCUCAAUCGGUUACAGUGGCAAUUCAAAACAUUCCCAUUUUCUGAAACUGAAAAAGUUUGUGUUUUCAAAACGGCCCUUACUUUUGUUGACAGUGUUUGCGAAAUAUGGGGGCCACUAAUAAGCGGACUUUCGAUUUUAAUCGUCCCCAAAAGUGUGACCCUUGAUCCGGAAAAACUUAUCAAAAAUUUGGACAAUUACAAGAUUGAAAGACUAGUCCUGGUACCCUCACUUUUACGAUCAAUUCUGAUGUGUCUCGAGUUAAAGAAAAAUCGCAGUUUGCUGAAAAACCUGAAACUGUGGGUGUGUUCCGGUGAAACUUUGACCACGAGUUUAGCCGAGGAGUUUUUCCGGUAUUUUCCUGAAAAUGAUUACAAGUUGUGCAAUUUUUACGGAAGUACUGAAAUCAUGGGUGAUGUGACCUUUUACAUAAUUUCAGGGAUGCAACAACUGAAAAAUUUGCUCACGGUUCCCAUUGGUGCUCCGGUUGAUAACACAAUUAUUUAUUUGUUGGACCCGGAAUUGCGUCCUGUGAAAUCCGGUGAAAUAGGCGAGCUCUUCGUCAGCGGUUUAAACCUGGCUUCCGGAUACGUUAAUAACCGCGAUAAGGAAAAAUUCUUGGAAAAUCAGCUCGCCAUAGACCCAAUUUUCUCAAAAUUGUACCGCACUGGCGAUUUUGCUCGUUUGCAAAACGAGAUUUUGUUAUACGAAGGAAGAACCGACUCCCAGGUGAAAAUCCGGGGUCACAGAGUUGACCUAUCCGAGGUCGAAAAGGCGGUUAGUGGGGUCGAAGGUGUGGAAAAAGCUGUUGUUCUGUGCUACCAACCCGGGGAGAUGAAUCAAGCGCUUUUAGCAUUCGUCAAAAGCAGCGCUUUGAUGAACGAAAAUCAAAUCGAGAAUAUUUUGAGGACUAAGCUGACUUCGUAUAUGGUCCCGCAAGUUAUAUUAGUUGAAAGCAUUCCUUUGUUGGUUAAUGGCAAAAUCGAUAGACAGGCCCUGCUGAAGAGCUACGAAAAUACUAACAAUAACGACGAUUCUUGUGUGGAAAUCGAUAUCGACUAUUCCGGCGUGAAGCCGUCUCAAAUGGCCGCAGCUAAAGUUCUCUUCGAUACUGUGGCUUCCGUUUUAAAUAGAUCGGCUCGUUCGGCGAUUUCCCUCGAUGCAAACUUUUACGAAAUUGGGGGUAACUCACUCAACUCCAUUUACACCAUCACCCGACUCAACGAAGAGGGAUAUCACAUAAGUAUCGGAGAUUUCCUAUCAGCGAUUGAUUUAGGAGAAGUUUUGGAACGUAUGACUUCGUCUAACGACAUUCAUUGUUCGCCGCCGACCUACACGGCCGAACUCCUCAAAAACGAGCACAAAUCGGCGGUUCUCGAUAUUAUUACGACGAGUUUUCACCAAAAGGCCGACUUGGAGCAAUGGCUAAUGCCCGAUAUUUUCGAGUCAGACUAUAAGGAGCUUAUGGACGCUCUUUGGGAGCCUCUCGUUGAGAAAGCUUUAAGUUUCGUGGCGAAAGCAGAGUCGGGGAAAAUAAUCGGAGUGGGACUGAAUUUCGAUGCAAGGGAUGAGCCCGAUGUACAAAUUACUUCGAAAUUGACUGUGAUAUUUGAGUUCCUUGAAGCGGUUGAGGGUCCCGUGAGAGACAAGUAUCUUCCUGGCGCUAAGGGCAAAAUCCUGCACUCGUUUAUGAUGGGCACUCAUUCAAGUUUAUCGCCCAAAGAGAAUGUAGCGGUUAUGCAAUUUAUGGAAGACGAAGUGCUUAAGUUGGCGACAGAGAGACACUUCGAGGGAAUAUUUACGACGAAUACGAGCCCUUUGACUCAGCAAUUGGGAACCGACGUUUAUCAUUACCAGACACUACUUGACUAUCAAGUUAAUCGAUAUGUUGCUUCGGAUAAUACAAGGCCGUUUGGAAUGGCACCGGAUUCGCAAAGAGUAAUCGUGCAUUGGAAGCCAAUUAAAAGUGACAUUGUGGUAGAUGUUUAAGAGGAUUCUAUUUAUUUUCAGUAUUUUUGUGUAUCUCAGACCACUAUUGUAAAUAAAGGCAAUUAGUUUAGA